UAUAUAACAAUCGUCGUUAUUUUGUUUCCCGAACAAACAAACCAUCAGCUCUCGAUCAAACACUCGGUUUCUCCUUCCUCCUCCGAGACGAUUCGCGAAGAAUGGCGAAUCCGGAAGAAGAAGAAGGAGAAGAAGAAAAGUACGAAUCCUUUCUCUCUCGAGUCCGUCGCACUGUCUACGUAGACGAGCUCACUCCCCACGCCUCCAAAUCCGUCGUGGAAUCCGCCUUCAGCCAGUUCGGCACCGUCAAGGAAGUCAUCUUCUUGCCUAACUACCUAGGCCCGAAGGAGCUUCCGACGGGUGUCCUCAUCGAGAUGGAGUCCGAGCAGAAGGCGAAGGCCGUGAUCGAAACCGUCUCUCAGUUCCCCUUCAUGGUCGCUGGGAUGCCGAGACCCGUGAGAGCCUCUGCUGCUAGGCCCGCGAUGUUUAGCGAUAGGCCCAAGAAGCCCGGGAGGAGGAUCCAGUUUCGUUGGGUGGAUCCGAGUGAUGAUGAGUUUGAUAAGGCCCAGAGAGUUAAGCGGCUUGUGAGGAAACAUACUGCUGAAGCUGCGUUUAUGAUUAAGCUGGAGGAGGCGGAGGAGCUGGCGAAACAGCAGUCUGAGACGGUGACGACGCAUCACAAGAAGUUUGAGAUGAUUGAUAAACUUACGUAUGAUGGUGUUGCUCAGGAGCUGGCUGGCCGUUACAACAUGAAGUGUGGUCCUCCUCAUCGCUAGAGAGAGAUGCAGUCUUUUCUUUAGAGAACUUGUUGAUUCUGACUAGUAUGUGUGUUUGGUAGACCUUGACUUGGGUAUUAGUGUUUUUAAUUAACUCCUAAUGAAGAAGAAUGUUCUAUGCUUUAGAAGUAGUUCAACGAGGUUGCGUGCUUCUUUAGGCAUACCC